AUGAGAGAUCAGAGCCUUGUAUACACUUUGGAUGAAGCACUUUCUACGAUUAGGUUUGGGAAAUUCCAGGGUCUUGUGCUUGCGUAUGCUGGAUUAGGUUGGACUACAGAAGCCAUGGAAGUGAUGAUUCUCUCUUUUGUAGGACCAACUGUUCAGUCUGUGUGGGGACUCUCUUCUAGUGAAGAGAGCAUGAUAACAACUGUAGUCUUUGCUGGUAUGCUGAUUGGGGCAUUCUUGUGGGGUUUUGUAUCAGAUACAUAUGGAAGGAA